AUGGGUAAAGCAAGGAGAGAAAGGUUACGUUUCAACCAAAAUGGCUCUUCACCACCAGCUAAAGAUGAGAAAAUAAGUCUUACACAUAAACAACUGAAAAAUUUGAUCAUUCGUGUGCGCAUUAAUCAAAUGGAACAAGAUGAAAUUCAACGAAAACAAAUUAAAAAACGAUUGAAAUGCACAGAUACUCUUAUUACAAAAUGGAAAAAUGUUGGCUUUGAUGAUCCCAAAGCAUUUUUUGAUGGUAUUCGAACAGGUAGACCUGAAGUUUCAAGAAAAAUUGAAAAGGUGGUAUUGCGAAAAAGACACAAUAAAAAGUUUAGUUUAAGAAAAGCAGGUCUGCAAUUGAAUAUAAGUUAUAAAACAGUGCAACACAUAUUACAUGAUGCUGAAUUAAAAUGGAAAGUAAGACCAAGAGCAACAAAAUUAACUGAUUAUCAUAAAAAGGCAAGAUUAAACUUUUGUAAAACAUAUAAAGAUCAAGAUUUGUUGUGGUGGAACAAGCUUUUAAUUACUGAUUCACAAGUUUUUUUGUUGGGCGGUGGUCGUAAUCCAAAACAUCAUGGACGAUGGGUAUAUGAUAGUGAAGAAUUAGAUUCAUGGGAAGUGGGAAAACAUUCAAAAGGUUUACACGUUUAUGGCGGUAUGACAAGUAAAGGUUUAACACAAUUGGUUUUCAUUAAUGGUAAUAUUGAUGGUGAACGCUAUGUAAAUGAGGUAUUACCAACUUUAACUGAUGUUCGAGAAAGAAUUGAAGAAACUGAUGAUAUUACAACAACAGUAUUAUUUUAUGAUAAUGAAGAUUGGAUAUUCGAACAAGAUCAUGCGAAAUGUCAUGAUGCUGAUGUUGCUCUAGAAUAUUUGAUUGAAAAUGUUCCUAAUUUUUUUGAUAAACAUGAAACUCCUGCAAAAAUGGAUGAUCUAUGGUGUAUUGGACGUAUAUGGGCCGUUAUAACGAAUAAAGUUUAUGGAGAAGGACAAGACCAGCCAAAAUCUUUACUCGAAUUAAAACGACGAAUUAUGAAAGCAUGGAAAUCAUUAGAUUCAAAAAUUUUAAGAAAGGCUGUACAUCAAAUGCCAUUAAGAAUGAAAGAAAUUGUAAACAAAAAAAGAUCCAUAUCGCAAAUACCGGAUCAUUUUUAG